AUGCCUCUCAUUCACGAGUCGCACGACUCACUACCAUACGUCGACCUUCCGCUCACCGACACCGACCGCGCUGCCGCCCAAACCCUCAUCGCCGCCGAGCUCGACCCUUCCGCCUCCACUGCUCUCCACCCAUCCCUUCCUGGCUCGUAUGAGCCCUCGUUCCCGGCCCUCAUAACCGCUGAACACGCACGCCUGGCUGCCGGCACCGACAAAGAGCCCGGCUCGGGCGUCGACUUGUCGCGCUACGAGGCCCUCGACGCUCCCGACGAUGCUUCGGACGCCGCUGCCUGGCGCGCGACGCUGCGUGCUGCCUACACCUCGUCGACCUUCCUGUCGCAGCGGCUGACGAACCUGUCGCUGCUCGAGCGCUACGGCAAGAACGCCUGGCUCGUCUCCAACUCGCAGCUCGAGGCCGUCCUGCGUGCGCUGGAGGCCGACCUGGCCCAGGCCAAGGACGACGUCGAGGCCGUCGAGGCUGCCCGCCGCCACGCCCAGGGUGCCGCCGCGCCGGAGCUGGCCUUGCUCGAGGAGGGCUGGCGUACCGGCGUCAAGAGGGUCGUCGAAACCGAGGCUGCAGCCGAAGGCUUGCGGCGCGAGAUCCUGGAGAGGAAGAGGGCCAUGGCGCAAGCGUAG